AUAGCGGCUGCUACGGAGCUACGGCCAUUGCCCGUCUGUCCUCGCCUCCCCGCAAAUGGGAGACCCCCAUAGGGAGCCGCUGCUGCGAGGCCCCCUUCCAAACUGGCUGGGGAGAGAGGAUGCUGCGGUGAUUAGGGAGGCGCCCUCACUGUUCCCUUGUUUGGCUCAAUAUUAUUCUCCUCUUCAGCAAGCUCAAGCAUUUUAUACAUUUCCAUUCCAUCAAAUGAUGACUGCAGCUCCUAACAUGGAAAUUAUGAAUGAACAACAGACUGUAGAGGGCAUUCCAGAUCCAGACUUUGCUCAAGAACCUAUUCAAGAAGUUACAAAGGGAAGGAAGAGAAAAACCAGAUCAACAGAGCCAAAGAAACCAGCUGCUAAAGCAGCUAAAUCAACUAAAUCAAAAGGCAAACAAGAGAAGAUCACAGAUACAUUCAAAGUGAAAAGAAAAGUGGACCGUUUUAAUGGUGUAUCCGAAGCUGAACUUUUGACCAAGACUCUUCCUGAUAUUUUGACCUUCAAUCUGGAUAUUGUAAUUAUUGGCAUAAACCCGGGUUUAAUGGCAGCCUACAAAGGGCAUCAUUACCCUGGACCUGGAAACCACUUUUGGAAGUGUCUCUUUAUGUCUGGGCUGAGUGAGGAACAAUUGAACCAUAUGGAUGACCACACUUUACCCCAAAAAUAUGGUAUUGGAUUUACAAACAUGGUGGAAAGAACAACACCAGGUAGCAAAGACCUCUCCAGCAAAGAGUUUCGAGAAGGAGGACGAAUUCUGAUGCAGAAAUUGCAAAAGUAUAAACCUCGCAUAGCAGCUUUUAAUGGAAAAUGUAUUUAUGAAAUUUUUAGUAAAGAAGUUUUUGGAGUAAAGAUUAAAAAAUUGGAAUUUGGAUUGCAACCCCACAAAGUUCCAGACACAGAAACUCUCUGCUAUGUUAUGCCAUCAUCCAGUGCAAGAUGUGCUCAGUUUCCACGUGCACAGGAUAAAGUUCAUUAUUACAUAAAGCUUAAAGAUUUAAGGGAUCAACUGAAAGGCAUUACGCCAAACACAGAGGUGCAGGAGGUGCACUAUACGUUUGAUUUACAGCUUGCACAAGAGGAUGCUAAAAAGAUGGCAGUUAAAGAAGAAAAAUAUGAUCCAGGUUACGAAGCGGCAUAUGGUGGUGCUUAUAGUGAGAAAACCCCCUAUGAACAUGAACAGUGUAACUUUGCUUCAAAUGGAACAGAAGUGAACAAUCUAGACUACAGUGGGGGGUCAUCCUUCGGUGACAUUCCUAACGGACAGUGGAUGAUGCAGUCCUUCACAGACCAGAUUCCAGAAUUCAGUAACAGUGGGGCACAAGAGCAAGAAGAAAGCAGUGUGUAAAAGCUGCCUCUUUGGCAGCUAUGCAUAAAUGCUGCAGUUUUAAUGCAGUUAUCAAGAAUGGUACCUCAGUUCUCUAACUGAAGCAUUUUAAUAGUAUUUUACUUGUUAUUUUAUUAUAGUCCAAAUCAAUUGUGUGGUAGAUUUAAUCCUAUGAAGUAAGUAAUUUUUAAGGGAAUGUCCAACAUUUUAAAAAAAAAAAAAAAGUAGCCCUUUUUGUAUAUGAGUUUUAUAUUUAACUUACAUUAUUUCUUGCAGUUUGACAAACUGCUUUCUCGUAUGUGAAGACUGAUUUCUUUUGGGGUUACUUUAAUUCUGUAAUUUGUAGUGCAGUAGUUUGUGGAAUUCUACUUUUUACUGAUUCCUUCAUAUGGGGGGAUAUUUUAACCCUUUUAUAUGCAGAGUGGAAAAUGGGAACAUAAAAGCCACUUGCUGAUUAAGAUUACCACUGUUGCUUGACAGUGUAGCCCUGCUCUCACAGGGAAUAGGGUUUUAAAGUCAAUGUAGUUACAUGAAUUGUGCAUUUUCAAGGCCUGCCUUCUGUUCUCUGCCACAAGUGAGAGUUUCCCACUUUGCUUUCCAAGCUCCAUCCCCAUUUAGCUCAUUUGCCAUUUGGCACCUGGAGCCUAAGACACUUGAGACCUCAUCUCCCCCACCUUGUAAAAGGGGGGAGGAGAAUCCAGUUUGUUGAGCGGGGGCAGGGCUUGAAGACUCCUGCUUAGUUGUCUUGAAUAAGGCUGCCUAGUAUCAGCUUCAUCCUCUAAGAAAUGAGGUGGAGCCGGUUGGGCUCUGUGGAGCUGAAGUGCCCUCCCUCUCCUCCAUGGCUGGUCUCUGACUUCCCACUUGGCUUACACUGAGCAGCUCCUUAUGGUGCAACAGUAGCACUAAAUGGGGGGAGAGCACACCUUGGUACUGGCCAGCUUAGAGAGCAUGCUUUCAGACAAUGGGGAGGCCAUACUCCCUGUAAAAUAUAAAAGCAGACACCUUAUUUGCACAUGUCACCAAGAGGGAAAACUAGCAUGGGGCUGGAACAGGGAUUAGGGGGGUUUCUCCUCCUUGCUUCCUCUUCCCCCCCCCUCCUCCCACCCCCAAAUAAUUAUGGUAUGAAGUUAAAGCCACGGGCGGCUGCUAUGUGAAUAUAAAGUCAACCCUGGAAAAUAGUCUUCUAAAGUACUUUAAUAGUUUGUGUUUCUAGACAAACUUUGACUUAUGUGGCCAAUGUAAUAUUCAGGGAGUGAAAUGAGUUUUCCAUGCCUGUGUAUAAAAUAUCACUCUCUUUCCCUCUUUUGAACAGAGAGGGGAAGAUAUGUCUUGAAGUAAAAGCAAUAAGCUGAUCAAAACAUUUAAUGUUUUGGUGAUCUUAUGAGAGUAGGUGCUUUGUAUACUUGAAAUAUGCACAAACUGUAUCUUCUUAAUCCAAACUGGUCAGAUAUUACACUACCAGAGAUUUUAUCCUUUCUUCCACGCUUUGGCAGUUGCUGUCAUGGAUUGAAUGGAACCAGGCAAUGCAGAACCUAAGCCUGCUAACAACUUUGGAUCUCACACACCCAGGUAGCACACUGCCAGCUCAGUGGGAGGCAGGCAUGAUGUUUACAGUUCUCUUCCCCAGUUGUGUGUCUUAAUCAUAAGAGAAAUUUUUAAAUCAAGACAAAAUGUGCGUUGUGGUUCUGAUCAUGUUUGUUAGCCUCAGUGUAAAGCUGUUCAUUAUGUGGUCAAAGAUAUAUGGAAAUUGUUCAUUUGUUAUUUAAAAUGUACUGUAUCCUGUAUCGCUGUUUACAUGGACAUGUUCCUGCAGGUGCUCAAAAGUGCCUUGCAUCAGGGAUUUGUAACAAUUCGAUUUAUUUUUCAACAAAAGUAUGUGAAGCAUGUAACUACUAUUGCUGAGUAGAUAGUGCAAUAGUACAUAAAUUCUGUAAAGGUGGCUUUUUAAUUUGAAGGGAAAGUUCUGUUCUUUGACAGAGGUGCCUACUAGAUUAUGUAGGGAUAAAGUAGAGUUAAAUGUACAAUGACAGUUUCAUUAAAUAUGGCAAGUAAUGUGUGUGCAUUCUCUCAAAUUGGUGCUGUAACAUGGAGGUUUUAAAUCCACCUUGAAAAUCUACCGGUGUUUCACAAUAAAAUCAGGAAUUGUACUGGAA